AUGCAUGACAUGAGUAUUGUUGAAGAGGAGUUGAAUGAAAAUGCCUUCAAUGACCCCAUGAACAGAUUGAUUGGGAAGAAGAGGGACCCUCACUUCAUGUUCACACUGAUGUUUCGGGUAAUAAAUAAGAUCAUGGUUAAUCUGCCAACUAUUGGGAUUGAUGAGACCGUGCAUGAUCUGCCUGCCCCUGAAGUUCCUCUUGAUGAGCCCUUGAGUCAUGAGCGGACAAUUUUGCCAGGCCCUCAGAAGGUCCUCAGUGAGGAUGACAUUGUUGGCGUCAGAGCAGCAGUGCUCUAUGAGAACUGCUUGAGGCAGCUUGUCACAUUUUUAACUUUGCGGGUGAAAAGAUGCACUGGUGUCUUGAGGACUGGUUUGGUGUGUGACAGUGUUGCCCCCUUUUCAACAAACAUCGCCACCAGGGGCACUGCAAUGAGUGUUGAAUGGAUCUGCCCCAAUGGACACUCACAGCCUGUGUUGAAGUUUGACAUGCAGGCCGGGGACUUUCUUCUUUCCACAAACAUUUUAUUCUCUGGAAACAACUACACUAAAGUUGCUCUCCUAUUUAAAUUCAUGAACAUGCGAAUGGUAAACCCUAGCACACACUACACCAUCCAGGAAACCUACUGUGUUGACCCUAUUAAAGAUUUCUGGGAAGAGAAGAGGUCUGAGGCCAUCAGCCGACUAAAAGGGAAAGAUGUUGUGCUCCUAGGGGACGGCAGAAAUGACUCACCAGGGCAUUCUGCCCAAUACUGUAGCUACACAACCAUGGAGCUUGAUUCUAAGGAAAUCAUCCAUGUGGCCACUGUAGACAAGCGGCAGACCAACUGGAACUCCAAUAUCAUGGAGAAAGAGGGUUUUAUCCAGACAGUGGACAAGCUUACCCAAGAGAUAAAGGUAGUUGAGUUCUGCACGGACGCUCAUGUCCAGAUUGGAGCCCUUUUGAACCCAGACAAAGGCAGAUAUAAGGAUCUGAGAAUUCACCACAGCCUGGACAUGUGGCAUGGUGCCAAAAAUCUGUGCAAAAAAAUAGCAAUCGCAGGAAAGGUGAAAGGACAGUCUCUUCUCCUUCACUGGCUGAGGGAUAUAGUAAACCAUUUCUUGUGGUGCUGCAAGACAGCAGAAACAUUUCAGCAGUUUCUUGCACUUUGGAUUGGAGUUCUGCAUCAUGUUUGCAACAAUCACACAUGGGAAACAGGAAGCUGCCAACACGACCACCUUGAAGACAUUCAGGAUAAAGAGUGGAUUGAGAGAGAUUCCAAGAGCCAUAAAGCACUAGUGGAGAUUGUCCUCAACAAGCGCUGGCAGAAGGAUGUCCACAAGUAUCUGCGCUUCAGAUCGACAUCACAUCUGGAGUCAUUUCAGAAUCACAUUCUGAUGUAUGCCAGCAAGCGCCAGGCCUUCACUCCCUGAGUGUAUGACACGAGAGUUGUGCUCGCAGCACUGGACUACAAUUUUCACCGCGAACGGCCAACAUACAGAACGGCUGAGGGCCAUCAAGUGUAUGUCAAACUCUCAU